AAUAAUCUUCUUGUUAGCUUUCUUCUUAGCUUGCCUCACCUCCCAAACUCUUCUCUCUCUAUUCUUUUCUCAUUCCCUCAAUGCCCCUACUAUUCUCAAUACUCUUCUCUCUCCUCUUUCUUCCUUUCUAUACCAUCUCUACUCCUAUUCACAACCGUAGAACUCUCCACCAGCCCUUCUUCCCAUCCUACCCCUCUCCUCCACCACUCCAACCUCCAACUCCUUCCAUCCCAAAAUACCCCUUCUCUACUAAUUCUCAACCUUUCUUCCCAUCCUACCCCUCCCCUCCUUCUCCUCCUUCUUCCCAAUCUACCCCUACAUUCUCUGCUAACAUCUCCUCUCUCAUCUUUCCUUCUUCCCAUUCUGCCCCUCCUCAUUCCCAUUCUUCCAAAAUUGUCCCUGCUAUUCUCAUCCCUCUCUUCCUUCUUUCUCUUCUCUCUCUAACUCUCGCUUUCUUAUUCCACCGUCGUCGUUAUUCCAAAAAUGCCCUCCGAUCUGACGGCCAGCGUUUUUUCACGGCCUCAUCCGACGGUCAGAAACCUCCCACUGUCGUCGCUUCUACCACGGCUUCAGACUAUUUAUACUUGGGAACGCUGGUGAGCUCGCGGUGCCGGAAUGUGGAUGCGGCGUCGCCGGCCGGGAGCUCUCCGUAUCGGAAGCUCGGUGGUGGCUCGCCGGAGCUCCGGCCUCUUCCGCCGCUGUCCCGUCAGGCUCGUCGCAAUGUUGCAGGUGGUGAUGGGUGUUUGUCCGACGAGGAGUUCUAUUCUCCGAGGAUCUCAUCUGCGGAGAGGCAGAGCACUGCGCUUGGGUCGAGCUCGAGAAGGGUGUUUGAAGCUUUGGCGAUGGCGAAGCUUGGGUCUCGGAGCUCGAGCUUGAGUUCGAGCUCGCCGUCGUACGCACCCUCGUCUCCGAAUCUCUCCUCGCCGGCGCCAUCCAAAUCCACCGCCAGAUCGGCGGAUCCCGAGGUAUGUGCUCCGCCGCCCCCGCAGCCUCCUCCUCCUCCUCCUCCUCCGCCACCGCCGGCGAUGCGGCCGCUGACUCCUUCACCACCAAAGCGAAAGCUACCCUCGCAUUCACCGCCAUCGUCCCCACUGGACAUCAGUUCAGAUCGGAAUUCAAGGAGUUCAGAUUCAUCCCUGCAGGCUGUGAGAUCACCGGCGAGGAGUGGCGGUUUCACACCCGACUCAUUUGCUGUUGGUGGCCCGCCAGAGCGGCGGGCACCUACACCUCCACCGCCACCACCACCACCACCACCGCCGCCGCCGCCGCCUCCUGCUGGGUAUUGGGAGAAUAAGGUUCGGAGCAAUCCGGAGUUUCUCUUAACGCCGAAGGCAAAUGGAUUGAAGAAUUCAGCAAAGGUGGCAGUGCCUCCGGAGGAGAAGGAGGAUGUGGAGAAGAGUGAGGAGAAUGUGAAGCCAAAGUUGAAGCCUUUGCACUGGGACAAAGUCAGGGCAAGCUCUGACCGAGCAAUGGUGUGGGAUCAGCUGAAGUCCAGCUCCUUCCAGUUAAAUGAGGAGAUGAUUGAGACAUUGUUUGUUUGCAAUGCCGCAGAAACAACUACAACUGCAAUGAAGGAAACAAGCAAAAGGCAGGUCCUUCCCUCGCCUAAACAGGAGAACAGGGUGGUCCUUGACCCGAAGAAGUCGCAGAACAUUGCCAUUUCGCUGAGGGCACUGAAUGUGACGAAGGAGGAAGUCUGUGAAGCUCUUUUGGAAGGUAACACAGACUGCCUGGGUGCUGAACUUUUGGAGACUCUUCUAAAGAUGGCUCCUAGUAAAGAGGAAGAGCUUAAAUUGAAAGAGCACAAAGAUGACUCUCCAUUGAAGCUGGGCCCUGCAGAAAAAUUUCUUAAGGCCGUCAUUGACAUCCCAUUUGCAUUUAAAAGGGUGGAUGCGAUGCUUUAUAUUACAAAUUUUGAUUCAGAGGUCAAUUUCCUCAGAAACUCCUUUGAAACAAUUGAGGCAGCCUGUGAGGAGCUUAGGAGCAGCAGGCUAUUCUUCAAACUCCUAGAGGCUGUUCUCAAGACCGGGAACCGAAUGAAUGUUGGAACUAACAGAGGUGAUGCGCAUGCCUUCAAACUCGACACUCUCCUCAAACUAGUCGAUGUCAAAGGAACUGAUGGCAAGACCACUCUCCUACAUUUUGUUGUUCAAGAAAUCAUCAGAGCAGAAGGUUCCCGCCUUUCCUCUGGUUCAUCAACACAAAAGACACAAGCAAACACUCUGCGUGAUGACCUCGAGCACAAAAAGGUCGGCCUCCAAGUCGUUUCUCUGCUCGGAGGAGAGCUCAGCAAUGUGAAGAAGGCAGCCGCAAUGGAUUCUGAUGUUCUUAGCAGUUAUGUUUCUAAGCUUGCUGGAGGAAUAGGAAAAAUCAGUGAGGUACUACGAUUGAACGAGUCUCUCGAUCUGAUAGACAAAGGUAAACAGUUCAAUGAAGCAAUGAGUGAGUUCUUGAAGAAAGCUGAGGAUGAUAUUAUAAAGAUUCAAGCUCAAGAAAGUGUUGCAUUAUCUCUUGUGAAGGAAAUUACUGAAUAUUUUCAUGGGAAUUCAGCAAAAGAAGAAGCACACCCUUUUCGGAUAUUCACGGUGGUAAGAGACUUUUUAACUAUUCUUGAUCAGGUAUGCAAAGAAGUCGGAAAGAUCAAUGAGCAGCAUUUUGUUAGCUCGGUUCGACAGUUCCCGGUGCCUGUGAAUCCGACUCUUCCGCCUUUGUUUCCCCGGCUUCAUGCAUUGAGGCCUGAAAGUUCCGACGAUGAGAGUUCAUCGUCGUCGUCUUGAGGUUUGAUCCUACAGUUUUGCAAAUGCGGGAGUACUUUUCGUAUUUGUUGCAGAAAUUAUUGUAAAAGGUUCUUAGAAUUUCAUUAUGCCGACUUGUUUAUAGAAUGUUUAAAUGAAGGUGAGAAAAAACAUGAAAAAUAGGCCUCUAUUU